UGCCCAAUUGCCCAUGCCCCGAUCUGAACCGGGCAUAUACCCGACAUGUGAAUGCUCCUCUGAGCAUACCCAUUUUGGCAAUGUCAAAAUCCCGCCAAAUUCAGCAGCCUGAUCAAACAUCUCGCCUGAUUCCGGAAAACGCCUUUCCGGUUCCGUAUUCACCAAUCACGAUUCACUAGCGAUUUUGAGUUGCAUUGCUGGGGAAUUAGGGUUUUCUCUAGGGUUAGGAAUUGGUUCGAGAACGAUGAGUAUGGGCGACAUGAACAAAGUAUGGGAGAUCAAAGCCCUGAAGCGAAAGCCGAAAGGAGAAGAAGCGCAGAAGAUUCUGGAACGGAUAGCCAAGCAGGUUCAGCCGAUCAUGCGUAAACACAGUUGGAGAGUCAAAGUCCUUUCCGAAUUCUGUCCAAAGAAUCCAAGACUUCUGGGAGUGAAUGUAGGAGCUGGUAUUAAUGUAAAGCUUAGGCUUAGGAGGCCGAACAGGGAUGAAGAAUUUCUUCCGUUUAAUAAUGUUUUGGACACCAUGCUUCAUGAGCUUUGCCACAAUGCUCAUAGUGCUCAUAAUUCAAGUUUCUACAAGCUUUGGGACGAACUUAGGAAGGAAUGUGAAGAUCUUAUGAGCAAGGGGAUAAGUGGGACAGGGGAAGGGUUUGAUCUCCCUGGAAAGCGCGUGGGGGGGUUCUUUCCUCAGCCAUCUCUGUCAUCGCUACGGAAGACUGCAGCUGUUGCUGCAGAAAAGAGGGCACGUCUUACAUCUUUGUUGCCACCUGGCCCUAAACGCCUUGGGGGGAAUAAAUCAAUCAUGGGUGCACUUACUCCAAUACAAGCCGCUGCCAUGGCUGCAGAGAGGAGAUUACAAGAUAACAUCUGGUGUGGUUCAGAGUCUUGUAAUAUGCAUGGAGAUGAUGAUGAUGAUUCUGAUCCAUCGUUAAAACCUUUGAAUGUGGAGCCUACUUCUGUGAAACCAAAGCUUUCUAGUAAUGUAUAUCAACAGCCUAUUAAUACAAUACCUCAAAAAAGAAACAGAGAGCCAACAAAUGUUUCAUUUUCAAGUUCUUCAGAUGAUCAUAAUGUGUUCACUUCUACAUCUGAAUCUGCGCCUAGUCACAGGGACAAAUCUUGCAAGAAAGUCCGCGGAGAGGGAACAUCACUUCCUCGGCCACCAUAUGAUCAUAAAGGGUCAGAUUUUGUGGAUUUAACUGAUGAUAACUCAAAUCAAAGAUUAGUUCCUAGCCAUGAUGUGGUACGUAGUUUGGAGAAUUCAGUAGCUUGGGAAUGUUCAAUGUGCACUUUGUUGAAUCCGCCGUUUGCUCCAAUCUGUGAGCUUUGUCAAGCUCGAAAGCCCAAGGACUGUGAUGACAAGGAUAAGAUGUGGUCAUGCAAAUUUUGUACGCUGGAUAACAGUACGAAGUUGGAGAAAUGUGCAGCGUGUGGAGAAUGGAGGUACUCUCACGGCCCACCUGUUGCAACGCCAGCGCCUAAUCUUGGUACUUGACUUCAACUUUUGCUGCACUGGAUCACUUUUCUGUAUUUAUGGUUAGUUUUGCUGUUGCUGGCUGGAAGAAAGUUAUUUCAAGAGUCUAUUUCUGAAGAAUUGAAUUUCUCAUUUUCUCUAAAUUCAUGUUUUACAUCUGCUUAUAAUUCCGGAAGAUUAGAACCUCCUGCAUGAAGAAAAGGAAAUUUUGUAGAUGGUUUUGUGACUGUAGAAUGGAACUA